CAGCACUUAGUGGAAAUGCUUUUUUCCUGCAGUGUUUCCUGAGGGUACCGGCGGGUGUUUGAGGAAUACAUGCGGGUUAUCAGCCAGCGGUAUCCGGACAUCCGCAUCGAAGGGGAGAAUUACCUCCCUCAGCCCAUCUACAGACACAUAGCAUCUUUCCUGUCAGUCUUCAAGCUCGUGUUAAUAGGGUUAAUCAUCGUUGGAAAGGAUCCCUUUGCUUUCUUCGGCAUGCAGGCUCCCACCAUCUGGCAGUGGGGCCAAGACAACAAGGUCUAUGCGUGCAUGAUGGUUUUCUUCUUGAGCAACAUGAUUGAGAACCAGUGUAUGUCAACAGGGGCAUUUGAGAUCACUUUGAAUGACGUACCUGUGUGGUCUAAACUGGAGUCUGGUCACCUGCCCUCCAUGCAGCAACUUGUUCAGAUUCUUGAUAAUGAAAUGAAGCUCAACGUGCAUAUGGACUCAAUUCCACAUCACCGAUCGUAGCCCCGCCGAGCAGCCCCAGAAGCUCUCUUACAUGAAGGGAUUUGCCAGAGCAGCGUGGCUGGCACCAUGAAGGUCUGCACCGAAGACACACGCUGUUGGUGCAGACCAGACGCCUGCGGCCUCGCUGGACCUCCUGGGAAACCUCACUGCAGGAGGGCUUCUCGGGUCUGUGCGCAUUCGUAGAGUGCAAUAAUACUGCAUAGCCUCCUCCCAAGUUCACCCAGCUAAUAAUCUCUUUUGCGUGUGGUCAUUACUACUGUAAUUUUUUUCUUAGUCAUAUUUGAAAAGGCAGGAAAUUGAGUUACAAUUUGAUUUUCUUCAAGAUGUGUUAAAUUUGUUGUACUUUUAUAUGAUUUUCAUUUUUUAUAGUUUAAAGUCAAUCGUUGUAAGAGUUCAUCAGAUAUGUCUUAAUUAUUUGGUCAUGUCCAAUUUAUGGUUUUCAAAAUACUCCAGAUUGUGAACAUGCAUUUACAAGAUUAUGGGGGGGAAUUCAGUAUCCAGAAUGCUCUACCAGUUUGUGUGUGUGUGUGCAUGCGUGUGUGCUUUUGUGUGUGUGUGUGAGAGAGAGAGGGGGAGGGUGUGAUUAUCAAAGAACUACGAGACAAACUGCUUUUUAAACCCUGUUGUGUAGUUCACGUGUCUUGCCUUGACUAAUAAAUUGACUAACUGGGCCUUUAUAUUUAACUGAAUAAAAAACUAAGUAGAUGUCGGUGAAGUGAAAAGGUUACAUUUUAUUGCUCUGUACUUAAAAUGCCUGUUUUUGACUUAGACGUAAUCUCAUAGGGACGCUUGAGAGUCACACGGAGCAGGUUAACUUAACAGCGUUAGGAUUGCUGAGACUCACCUCAUUAAAUAAAGUUCAGUUGAAUCUCUUUA